AUGCUUACCCUUCGGUUGGGCACCUGUGUCCUCCUUCCCAUUGGCCUUCUGGUUCGUACCCAACUGUCCAGUCCACAGGCCUCCGUAACGCCUUUUUGCCCAGCCCUGUGGAUCUUACCUAGCCAUGUGGCCUGCUGCCUCUGCCAAUUUAAAAAUAGCAUUGAGGCUGUCUGCGAGACAGUCAAGCUGCAUUGCAACAUUGAAUGUCUGAUUAACACCGUACAUUGUCCUGAAGAAGCAUCUGUAGGGAAUCCAGAAGGAGCGUUCAUGAAGGUGUUACAAGCCCGGAAGCAGCACACAAGCACUGAGCUGACUAUUGAGUCGGAGGCGCCCUCAGACAGCAGCGGCAUCAAGUUGUCAGGCUUUGGGGGUGACCAGUUUGAAAUUCAGCUAACCCAGCAGCUACGGUCCCUCAUCCCCAACGAGGAUGUGAGAAGGUUCAUGUCUCAUGUUAUCCGGACCCUGAAAAUGGAAUGUUCAGAAACGUAUGUGCAAAUGACCUGUGCCAAGCUCAUGUUGCGAACAGGCCUCCUGAUGAAGCUUCUCAGCAAGCAGCAGGAAGCAAAGGCAUCCAAGGCAGAAUGGGAUACGGACCAAUGGAAAACUGAUAACUAUAUUGAGAGUGGACAGAAAGAGCAGAAGUCGUCUGAGCUCAUGAAAGAAGUUCCACGAUAUGGCUAUAACAACGAAGUCAUCUUGGCAAUAUCUGUGACUGUAAUACUAACAAUUUGGAUUAUAAUGAUUUGUCUGAUUGAGAUUCUUGCCCACAAAAGGGCAUCAAAGAAACAUGAAGAAGACUCAUCAGUGUGA